GGAUAAUCAUCCUGAUUACAGCCAUUGUUCAACUGGUGGAAAGAUGAAUAUUAGAGAUAGUUUCAAGACAACCUCUAGACUGUGGGCUCACUGUCAGCAGGGAUUGUGUCUAUUUAUCCUUGUAUUGUCCUCUUGCAAGUGCUCAGUACAGUGUUUUGUACACAAUGCUUGUCCGGAAUCCCUCCUGAAGGAUGUUCAAAACAGAGUUAAAAUGCUCUCUGAAGCCCUGGAGGAACUAAAGGAGGAUAAAGGACUCAAUUGUCCAUUUUGCCCAGAGGACUGGAUGCAGAAGGGAGACAAAUGCUACCAUAUCUCAGUCAAACAAGUGCCCUGGUCAAAUUGUUCUGCACAGUGUGUGUUGUUGGGUUCCACAUUUUUACAAUCAGGCAAUGGGGAGCUCCUGGAUUUCCUGAUGCCCCUGGCAACCCACUGUCACUGGAUUGGACUCUUCUAUAAAGACUCUAGCAAGAAAUGGACUUGGAUAGAUGGCUCACCUGCUUCCUCAGACCUGAAUAUGAAAGAAUCAAGGCCCACACCUCAGAGCUCCUGUGCAUAUGUAACGUCAACAGGCUUGGUCUCUCAGAGCUGCAUCAUCCCCUACAGCUGUGUCUGUGAAAAGCCGGCUCUCUGUGAUAUGUAAUCAUAGGAAGAUGGGAAAACUCAUGCUGUCCUUGGAAUAACUCCAAUUCAGUCACCUGAUGGAAUCUCCUGCCCCUUGUUGUAAUCCGCCUCUGCCUCUGUCCUAUAGUCCUUUCUGGACCCUCUGUUAAAAUCAGGGUGACCUCGACUGCUGGAUUUCUGCUGGCAGGGAAUGGGACAGAAUUUCUUCAGAAGGAACUAGAACCUUUCCAGACUUUCUGCUCCUCCAAAAGGUUCAGGAACUAAUCAGAGGCUCCAAGAGCCUCAGGGUAGAUGGUUCCAGUCUGUCUAGGUGGGCAUUUAAUGAAAUGGGUAAUAAAUUCUUUGGUUUUCAGAAA